AUGCCUCCCUCUCCAGUUGAGAACCAUCUCGUCACCUUUGCCAAAGGGAACGAGUUCGAGCACAGUCUACCCGACACCGAAGGUUCGGCUUGGAAUCGUCUACUCCCUGCUGGCAACUUCGGCUUCAUACAAGUGCAAGACCCACUCCGAUUCAAUGUGACAGAUGGCCUUCCGUUCGAUCCCCACGAGUACCAAAUGCGACCUGCAUGGCACUUCGCCGAAAGAGCACCCGGGAACAGGACCGAAAUCUUUGUCCUCUCCAUGUAUCACCAGAUGCACUGUCUGAUCAUGAUGCGUAAGAUGUUCAUGACCAUGAGUCCCGAAGGCAAGGUCGUCGCGGGCAUGUCCCCCGCCGAGGAUAUCAGCAAUGGGCAUCUGAACCACUGUUUCGACUACCUCCGUCAGGCGAUCCUUUGCGCCGGCGAUACCGCGUUGGAUCAUUAUGCUUGGGACGAGACGGGGCCAGAGCCGGUAUACGGAGUCAAUGGGUGGGGUGCUACUCAUGUGUGCCGCAAGCUGGAUAAAAUCGAGGAGUUCGUGAAUGAGAAUGGCUGGUAUCGAGGACGAGUCGAGCAAUCAAGGGUGUCCACGUCAUGA